AUGGCACCUGCACCGUUACAACUCCAACAACCACCCCAACCAACCCCAAACCCCAAACCCUCCCUUUCGGCUCGGCUCAACUCCCUCGUGGCUCAAAGCCGAGUCGGCAAGCGCUUCAAGCUCGCAGAGCGAAACACAACCUUCACCACCGAACUCCGCGCCGGCACCGCCACAUUCCUCACCAUGGCUUACAUCCUCGCCGUCAACGCAAGCAUCAUCGCCGACUCCGGCGGAACCUGCAGUGUCUCCGACUGCACGCCCAUCUGCUCCGACCCAAGUAUCCCGCUCCAACAAUGUACCGGCCUGACCCGAAAGGUCAUCCGACCCGACGACUCAUGCAAGUACCCGCCCGUUAACCCGGGUUACGCUGCAUGCGUGGAAAGAACAAGAAAGGACCUCAUCGUUGCCACAGUGUUGUCCUCCCUCGUAGGAUGCACCAUAAUGGGUAUCUUCGCGAACCUUCCUUUAGCCUUGGCUCCGGGUAUGGGUGCCAACGCUUACUUCGCUUACUCAGUUGUCGGGUUUCACGGGUCGGGUACUGUACCAUACAGAACAGCUUUAACGGCUAUUUUCUUAGAAGGGUUAAUUUUUCUCUUAAUCUCAGCCGUUGGAUUUCGCGCCAAACUCGCCAAACUCGUUCCGAAACCCGUCCGAGUCUCGUCCUCAGCUGGAAUCGGUCUCUUCUUAGCCUUCAUUGGGCUUCAAAGCAACGAAGGUAUUGGGCUUAUCGGGUACAGCCCAUCAACCCUUGUCACACUCGGAGCCUGCCCGAGAUCCGAUCUAACGGCGUUAGCUCCGGUUAUAACGGCGAUUAACGGAACCGUUAGUUUGCUCCCUGGUGGCACUGUCUCUGACAACAUAUUGUGUUUGAAGAACCGGAUGGAGAGUCCAACGUUGUGGCUCGGUUUGGUUGGGUUCGUUAUUAUAGCAUAUUGCUUGAUGAGAAACAUCAAAGGGGCUAUGAUAUACGGCAUCGUUUUCGUCACGGUUAUCUCCUGGUUCAGGAACACUGCUGUUACGGUGUUCCCGAAUACUGAGUUGGGUGACUCGGGUUAUCACUAUUUUAAGAAGGUGGUGGAUGUGCACGUGAUUAGGAGCACCGUUGGGGCGUUGAGUUUUGAGGGUAUUAUGGGUAAAGGUAGCUUUUGGGAGGCUUUGUUCACGUUCUUAUACGUUGAUAUAUUAGACACCACGGGUACUUUAUAUUCAAUGGCUAGAUUUGCGGGGUUUCUUGAUCUGAACGGUGAUUUCGAGGGUCAAUAUUUUGCUUUCAUGGCUGAUGCGUCAUCCAUUGUGGUGGGGUCACUUUUGGGCACGUCACCAGUAACGACGUUUAUUGAGUCGUCAACGGGGAUCCGCGAAGGUGGACGGACGGGGCUGACGGCGUUAACCGUGGCUGGGUAUUUUUUCUUGGCUUUCUUUUUCACGCCUUUGUUGGCCUCGAUACCCCCUUGGGCGGUUGGUCCACCGUUGAUCUUGGUUGGGGUGUUGAUGAUGAGAUGUGUGGUUGAGAUUAACUGGGAUGACAUGAGGGAAGCUAUACCUGCAUUUGUGACCAUUGUGUUGAUGCCAUUAACGUACUCCAUAGCUUAUGGUUUAAUAGGUGGCAUUGGAACGUUCCUUGUGUUGCAUGUGUGGGAGUGGGGAGAGGAGUUGGUGAGAAAAUGUUUGAUUAAGGUGGAGUUGAAGGGAGUAUCAGAUGAAAAUGUAAAUAGAAAUCAUCCAAUUGUUGAUCAUGACCAAGGAGAUGAUAAAGCACUCGAGGUGUAG